GACUGCAAUCUCAAUCAAAACACCGUGUUUUUGUUUAUUCCCCGUGAAAAUAUGCCCUCAUUUCCGUAUUUUUCCGUUUUGACCACCUUUGGUGUGUUCUGUGCCCUCUUUGCCAUCAUCCUCCAGGGAUUCUUUGCCUCGCAGGACCUCAAGAGAAUCACCGAAAUCCUCACGAAUCUUAUCAUUCUCGAGAAUCUGGACGUUGUGUCUCAGCGCGUGGCUGUCGGCUACGGAUCGUGCAAGGAUCUGUACGUGCCGGCGACAAAGUUCCUCAACUACACCAUCAAUCAGUGUCGCGAGGAGUGCGUGGGCGGCGAGAUAGUGAGCCGGCGAGACUUGUUUGAGAACUUUGGGUAUUUCUUCCAGCGCGGCGCCGCAGCUGAGCGCUACACAUUCAACAGAUCGCUCUUUGAGGAGUUGAUUCAAGAUGCCAGCGAGAGGAAUUUGGACACCAGAUGGUCUCUGGGCGGCAAUGCACCGGUAAUGGCGAAGAGAUUUCACCUGGAAGGUGCUCAAGUGCUUCUGGGCGCCCAAAUGUCCAAGGAUCUGCGAAAAUCCAUGCCAAAAGACAUCCUCCUCUCCUUCACCGCCUCCAUCGACAAGGAUGACAUUCACCUGAUCAUGGAGUACAGAUCGGGUGAGAAAUGGGGCCCUUUUCGCACCCCACGCGCCAAUCGCUUCAUUCUGCACAACGACCAGAACAAUCCGACACUCAGUGUCCUGGAAUCGCUGGAUCCCUUCCUGGACGACUUCAAGCCGCGUCUCUUUGUCGUGAGUGGGCUGCAGAUGAUGGACAACUACCCUUUCCCACCGGGCGUCCGGGCGAAUCGUCUGGCCAAGGUGCGCAAGCAAAUAUCCUCUCUGUCCAGCAAUACUCUGGUCCACUUCGAGAUGGCCAGCUACGUGGAGAUAAACCUCAUUGACCAGCUGCUCAAGUACGUCAUUCCCUACUGUGACUCUCUGGGCAUGAAUGAGCAGGAAUUGGACAAUCUGCAGCGCGUUCUCUCCACGAGAACAGUGAGUCUUGCCGCCGAUUCCAAUCCCCGCGUCGCCAAGACGCUCAGACAAAUGCGCGAAGUCUUCACGGCCAUCCAGACACUCCCGGUGAAUGAUCCGCACAGGCGAAAACUGACCAGAAUUCACGUUCACACGCUCGCCUAUCAAGCCAUCCUCAUUGCCAAUGCGUCAGAGUGGCGAAAUGCCGUGAAUGCCGCCGCAAAGGCCGCACUCACGGCUCAUCGUCACGUCUGCGGCACAGAUCACAUCAAUCCCGACAUGGCUUCACUCAUCCUGGACGACAGCUUCGCCACCACAAUGUCACCCAAUGAGCCGGGCAGUCGACGCAUCAGGAUCCACUCAACGGAGCCAGUUUCGUGCUGGCGAGAAGACAUUUCAGGGACUGAAGUGGAAAUAUGCGUGGCGCCAGUUCUUGUGUGCAAGAAUGCACGACAAACUGCCGGAGCCGGAGAUAACAUCUCGGCCGCUGGACUGAUUCUACAAAUUUAG